AACGAAGAAGUAGAAGUCUAGAACAUAAAGUUUGCCAAUUUGAGUCGAGGAGAUCGAAAAUCAUUGAAUGCAUGGCUUGCCGUAUCAAUUUUAAUCUCCGGUGUCCUACUUCGGAUACGCCGCGUUUCGUGCUCUCAUCUCACUCCUUCAAAAACCCUAUUUUCAUUCCUCCGUUUAAACUCCGCACCAACGCUACUAAUCUCACUAAGCUUUCUUUAUCGACUUCUGGGUGGCUACGGAGGCGACGGAUGGGUUUUGUGACGGUGAAUUCUCAUAUGGCCACCGAGGAAAAGUCUAUUUAUGGGGAUAGGAUGCUUGUGUUUGUGCCUCCGCACCCGUUGAUUAAGCAUUGGGUUUCGGUUUUGAGAAAUGAGCAAACUCCUUGCCCCAUUUUCAGAAAUGCUAUGGCUGAGUUGGGGGGGCUACUUAUGUAUGAAGCUUCAAGGGAUUGGUUGCCUACUGUAACAGGAGAGAUUCAAUCGCCAAUGGGUAUGGCUUCAGUUGAAUUUAUUGAUCCAAGGGAACCUGUGGCGAUUGUUCCAAUCUUGAGAGCUGGUCUUGCUCUGGCUGAACACGCAUCGUUCAUUUUGCCAGCUACAAAAACAUAUCAUUUAGGGGUAAGCAGAAAUGAAGAGACACUUUUGCCAACUGUUUAUCUAAACAAGUUGCCUGACAAAUUUCCCGAAGGAUCCCGAGUGUUUGUGGUAGAUCCUAUGUUAGCAACAGGUGGCACAAUUGUGGCUGCACUCAACCUCUUGAAGGAACGUGGAAUUCAAAACAAGCAAAUGAAAGUGAUAUCUGCUCUAGCAGCUCCUCCAGCCCUUCAAAAGCUGAGUGACAAAUUCCCCGGGCUUCAUGUGUAUACUGGAAUUAUUGAUCCCACCGUCAAUGACAAAGGGUUUAUAAUUCCCGGACUUGGAGAUGCAGGAGAUCGGAGCUAUGGUACAUGACUGAAAAGAAAGAACAAAGGAAGG